AUGCCCGACAAAGCGAUCCUUGAACCUACCUCUCAAUGGUACACGAUUGAACUUCCAGAGAUCACUCCCAACGAUGUGCAACUCUCUGCUGAAAAGAUCGCCGAGAAAAAGUCAUACGCCAAACAGCUACUCAAGAAGGAGAAUGAGCUUGUCGACUUGACCGGCGCCUUAUCCACCAGCGAUCGCAACUUUGUUUCCAACAUUUUGGCUUCGGGUACACUCAAUGAUAAGGUGUCUGCUUUGACUCUGUUGGUGCAAGAGUCUCCUGUCCACAGCUUGAAGACAAUGGAUACCAUGCUCGCCAUGUCCAAAAAGAAGGGUCGAAAGGAAGCUGUCAUGGCACUCGAGAGUUUGAAGGAUUUGUUCCUUGGAUCCGUUCUCCCAGACCGCAAGCUAAAGUACUUUGCUGAUCAACCACUCGCUGCUCAUGGUGUCAAGGAUAAGCAUCUUGUCUUGUGGUACUUUGAGGACCAUUUGAAAAAGUAUUAUUUCCAACUUGUUCAACAAAUUGAGGCACUUUCCCAUGAUCCUCUUGUUCAUGUUCGUAUGGCCAUGGUUCGAUGCAUUCAUGAUUUGCUUGUUGGAAAGCCUGAACAAGAACAGAAUUUGCUAAAGUUGCUUGUCAACAAGCUUGGUGAUUCUGAAAACAAGGUGGCAGCCAAAGCAUCACAAUUCAUUAUCGAUUUAUUGGUGGCUCAUCCCGGCAUGAAGUCCUUCGUUGUCCGUGAAAUUGAACAAUUGUUGCUUUUGCCCGAUGUAUCCGAGCGUGCACAGUACUAUUCGCUUAUCACCCUCAAUCAAACCAUUUUGACGGCUAAGGAUACGGCAGUUGCCAACAAGCUCAUCGAGAUCUAUUUCAUCUUUUUCCGACGCUUAUUGAAUUUGGCUGAAAAGGAGGAAGAGAAUGGUGAAGUCAAGCUGGUACCUGUCAAUGACAAGAAGAAAAAGAACAAGAAGAAGGGUGGCAAGCAUGGCAAGAAGAAACCUGAGCCCAAGAAGAAUGCUGAGGAAAUGGAUGAAGUACGUAGCAAGAUGAUUGCUGCUAUUCUUACUGGUGUCAAUCGUGCGUUCCACUUUGCCAAGAUUGCCGAUGAAAUUGUGGAAAGACAUUUGGAGAUUCUUUACAAGAUUACCCACACAGCUUUCAUCAACACUGCCAUCCAAGCCCUCUCUCUCAUUUUCACCAUUUCGCUCUCCAGACAAUUUGCAGCUGAUCGAUUCUAUCGCACACUCUAUGAAUCGCUUCUUGACACUCGACUCUUGACGACUUCGAAGCAAACCAUGUAUUUGAAUUUGUUGUUCAAGGCUAUUCGUGCUGAUACCGAUCUCAAGCGUAUCAAGGCCUUUGUCAAGCGCAUGUUGCAAAUCGCAGGUCAUCAUCAACCCCCAUUCAUUUGUGGUGUCUUGUAUCUCUUGAGUCAGUUGACGGAGACACAUCCUGGUUUGCGAGCCAUGCUUACGACUCCAGAAGAAGAUGAUGAGGAUGAACAUUUUGAGGAUGCACCCUCUGAAGAGGAGGAAGACAAUGACGAUGAUGAUGAGGAGAAGAAGAAAUCCAACAAGAAACCAGCACAAAACAGCGCACGAGCCAACUAUUACGAUGGACGUAAACGUGAUCCCCGUUUCAGCAAAGCCGAAACCAGCUGCUUAUGGGAAUUGAUACAUUUCAGAAAUCAUUACCAUCCCUCCGUGGCCAAGUUUGCCAACAUGCUGUUCAAUGAUGAAAAGAUUGCCGAACAAUCCGACAUGCACAACUUCACACUUAUUCACUUUUUGGAUCGAUUCGUGUACCGCAAUCCCAAAAAAACCGCAACAACACGUGGCAAAUCUAUCAUGCAGCCUCUUCCUGGUCGCCAAGAUGGUGGUAUUUUGAUGACACGUGGUAACACACAACAAGAGCAUGCCGUCCCUGUCAACUCUGAAGCAUUCUGGCGUAAAAAGAUUGAGGAUGUACCAGUGGAUGAGAUCUUUUUCCACAAGUACUUCCAACAAAAGCGUGCUGGUGAAGAUCUGGAUGAGGAGGAAUCUAGCAAGAAGAAGCGAAAAUUGGAGGGUGAAGAUGUGGAUGAUGAACAAAAUGAAGAUGAAGUCUGGCGAGCCAUGAUGUCUUCGAUACCCGGUGGCCUUGACGAUGAUGAGGAUAUCGACGAUGUGGACGACGAUGAAGAUGAUUUCGACGAUGAUGAGAUGCGAGCUCUAUUGGAAGAUGACGACGACGAUGAAGAUGAAGAUGCAGAGGGCAUGGAAGAAGCCUCAUCCGAUGAUGAUAAUGAAGAUGUUAUGGACGAAGACGAUGAUGAAGAUGAGGAGGAUGAUGAACAAGCUGAAGAAAAUGAAGAUGACGAUGAUGAAGGAAUCACUAUCAAUGGCGUUAGAAUGGUCGAAGCGCCUUCGUCUGAUGAAGAAGAGGAAGACUCGGAUUGA